UUGGUUUCUGUCUCUACUAUUUGCUUCUUCAGCGAAUUUUGCUGUUACAUGCCAAAUACCAGCAAAACCAUCUCUCUCUCUCUCUCUCUCUCUCUCUCUCUCUCUCUCUGUUAACCAAUUCCUUGUUCUCUACUCUCUUUCUUCAUAUUUCCUCUUUGUUUUCAACGACAACACUGGUACAUUAUUCGUUCGAAUAUUCUAUAAUUCUCCCUAUACUUUCUCUCUCUACAUCUUCCCAGGUUGAUGCCGUUUCCCCUGCACUAACCGAUAUGCUAGGAAUUGACAGAAAAUAGUGGCUGUUUUUAGAUGAUAACCACUGCUUGCAGCUUGUGAAGGCUGCAUUUAAGCAUGUUGAUAAGUUUUCAGUUCAUUUUCAAUUACUCUUUCAAUGAGAAGUGGAUUUUUUACAAUAUACUGUAUCAUAUGCCACAUAUAAAGCCUGAUUUAUGUCAACAACAACAAGAAGAGCACUGUUUUUACAGUGUAGAAACCUCUAUCAAGAGGUGAGAAGUCCAUUGAGCAAGAGUUGGUCUGUCACUCAUUUGUAAAUCUAAAGAUGGAAAAAUAUAGAAUAUUGAAGGAGCUUGGAGAUGGAACCUGCGGAAAUGUAUAUAAGGCUCUGAAUAUGGAAACAUAUGAGAUUGUUGCGGUCAAGAAAAUGAAGAGGAAGUUCUAUUUUUGGGAAGAAUGCAUUAAUCUACGUGAAGUAAAGUCCCUUCGGAAAUUGAAUCAUCCUAACAUAAUCAAGCUGAAGGAGAUUGUGAUGGAAAACAAUGAGCUUUUCUUCAUAUUUGAAUACAUGGAAUGUAAUCUUUACCAAUCAAUGAAAGAGCGACAAAGACCCUUCUCAGAGGAGGAGAUCCGGGGAUUUAUGUUGCAGGUGCUGCAAGGACUCGCUCACAUGCAUAAAAAUGGUUAUUUCCAUCGGGACUUGAAACCUGAGAAUUUAUUGGUGACAAAUGACAUAAUUAAAAUUGCUGACUUGGGAUUGGCUAGAGAACUGUCAUCAAUGCCACCUUUCACUGAUUAUGUUUCAACUCGUUGGUAUCGAGCACCAGAGAUCUUGUUGCAAUCUUCUUCAUACACACCUGCCAUUGAUAUGUGGGCAGUUGGUGCAAUACUUGCUGAACUUUUCACUUUGUGCCCAAUUUUCCCUGGUGAAAGUGAAACUGAUCAAUUGUAUAAGAUAUGCUGCAUUCUUGGACCACCAGAUUGGACUAUCUUCCCAGAAGUGAGAAGUGCUUCACGAUUGGUUGAUAUAAGUAAUUUAAAUGUUUCACCAGUCAAUCUGUCUGAUGUCAUUCCAAAUGCAAGUUUGGAAGCUAUUGAUUUGGUCAAGCAACUCUGUUCAUGGGACCCUUUAAGGAGGCCAACUGCUGAACAAUGCUUGCAGCACCCUUUUUUCCAUGUUGGUAAGUGGAUACUUGAGCCACUAGAGGAUCCGCUGCAGCUUAAGUUAAGCAAUGGUGGACCUAAGCCAAAUCUUGAGUUGAACCUCUGGGACUUUGGGAGACAAAAAGAUGAUCAUUUUCUUGGUUUAACUUUGGCAAUUAACCCAAGUCCUCCUAGCUUGGAUUUAUUUCCGGUGGAAAUGACAAGUAGAAGUCGAGGCACAGGAACGGAUAUGUUGUUUUGUUCUGAUUUUCAGGGUCACCUACAGCAAUCAGUUUUUGGGUCAUUGCUUCCUCCUGAUCACCAUCAAACCUCUGUGCCAAUGGAGUCGUCAUCAUUCAGCUCAAUUCUACACACAACUGCGGGAUUACCACAAUCGAGGGGAUUCCCCUUGGCAUCUCUGCAGUCUAACUUCUUGGACCACCCCUUUCUAGCCAUGUCUUCCUCCUUCCAGCAGAGACAUUGUGUUUGAGCAACUGAUUCAGCUGUUUAGGUACAGGUACAUUGGGAAAUGCUCAAUUCAUUGUAAUAAUGCCAACUAUACUAUCCGUAGCCACUUGCUACUGAAAGGUGAGACGAA